CUUCUCUGUCUCUCGCCCCAUCAUGUCUCCCGAGGAACCUCCCGCAUUCAACCUGACCGACCUCGAUCGUCAGCUCUUAACCCAAACAGACGAUGAAUACAUUCCCCAUGACUGGGAGGAUCUCAAGUCCAUCAUCGCAAUCAACGACCCCUCCAAGUUCAAGCGGAAACCCUCCGACCUAAUCCGCUACCUCGCCUGGUCCAAAGACGCCAAAGCCCACUACGGCUCCAUCACAAACUACAUCUGCCAGCGACGUCUACACUGGCAUGUCCCUGCCUCUCCUCCGACCACUCCUACCAGUAGUACGGAAGCAACAACAGACAGCGAACCCGUCUUCCCCUUCGCCAACCCCAUCCCCUUCGCCGACCCCGCAGACUACAAGAUCCUCCGCAAUGACUGGCCCUACGGCAUGGAGCCCGGCAUCGUCCACCUCGUCGUCUGGCUGCGUACCCCCGUCCCGGUGGAUUCCGUCACCGGGGAGGUGACCCCCGAGAGUCGCGCGCUGAUUGAGGACUUUGUGGCGCGUACGUUUGUGGCUCGGUUGGCGCUGGAGAAGAUUCCCGCGCCGGAGGAUCACGUGCUGUGGUUUAAGAAUCCGACAGCUUUGCAGAGUGUGCGGAGCUUGGAGCAUGUGCAUGUCUUGGUCAGGGAUGUGCCGGAGAAUAUUCUGGCGGAGUGGACGGGGGAGAAGCCGCCGCUGAAUUGAUGGUGGCUAUAUGUACUAUGUACUACGGAGCUAGACGACGGGCGGAUUGCAUGUGUGAGAGAGAGUUGCAUUAUACUUGAUUUAUCCCUGUUUCUCGGGUUCUUCCGAGUCACUGAUGGCCGAAGGGCCCGAAUAGAGCUAGUUAGCUUGCAUUAGUGGUGUGAUCAUGGAAUUAUAAUAAUUUCAGGAGCUUGA